UUCGGUGCCAGGCCUGGGAGGGCAGGCCUGGGUGCCUUUGUUCUGAGAUGUCCACGAAGGCCCUGUUGUCUCCGGACUCUGGAACGGGGGUCCUGCAGGGAGCAGGGCAGGCCAGGGGCAGAAAAGGUAGGGCCCCAGCCCCGGAGUGUCUGCCCGCCGUCAGUGGCCCGGAUCGGAGUCCCUGCGGAAGCACCUGCGAAGCUCGAGCCUUAGGAGGAAUUCCCGGCCGCCGAGGGCUCUGAGCCGAGGCUGGGCCUCUGACGGCCGCGCAAGGCUCCCUCUGGCUGCGGCGGGCCAAUAGGGCCGGCAGCCGCCCGGGUAGUGCAGGUGUGUGGAUUGGGACGGAUCUGGCGAGAGCAUAUGGAAGGUGCCGCAAGAAUUGAAUCUGACACCCCAUGAGUCCCGAGGGUGCAGCGCUAGGAUUAAGGGGGGCACUUCACUGGAGCCGAGGGGACUGGUGGGCAGAGGACAUGUCUCAGGGUACGUCUUGGGUCCCGAUGCUCCUCCUUUAGACUUUGGGUAUGGGCGUUCUGGAGGAUGAUCCCAGUAUUUCCUGCAUGCCCUUUAUUUAUUUAAAGGCAGAGAGGGGGGAGAGAGCACACUUUACAGCUGCAGGGUCACUCCUCAAGUGAUAAACAACAGCCUGGGCCAAGUAGAAGCUGGGAACUGCAGACCCCAUUCCAGCCUCCUCUGCGGGUGGCAGGGACCCAAGGCCUGGAGUUGUCUGCUGACUCCCCAUAAGCGGAGCAGACUCAACCUCAGGCGCUUAGAUACAUGGUAUGUGUGCGGCGAGGGGGAGAGCUCACCUCCCCUACUCCUAAGUCCCAGCCAGCACUGGUCACUGGUCCCACAGGUAAAGCACCACAGUUUCUCAAAUUCCCAGAGUACUGGGGGUGGGGCUCCCCUCUUUCUGGUGCAGUGCUGGGAUUAUGUGGUCACAGGUUUGUAAGAGGCGCGGGGAUUGUCCAACCUUGCUCAUCUUGUGGCCUGCUGGUGCUCCACUCUGACCCAUUUGUCAUACACCCUCGGGAGCGUCCCUGUGUGCCCUCUUCUCUGUGCCAUACCCACCCCUGAGUCCCAUAGGUCCUAUGGAGAUGGCUAGUACCACCAGGGCUGCAGGAGGCACCUUCCUGCCUGCUCUUCUGGGCAUGCUCGAGUCAUGUAUGGCCAGUCUUGGGACACCUUCUGGGCUGAUGCAUGCCAAGCUAAUGCCAGACCUUCUACCUCAGCCCUUUGUUAAUGAGGCACCUCCCAAAUAGCUCUGCCCAGGGGGCAGAUGUGCCUACGGACACCAGUUAAUGUUGAGAGAUGUGGUGGAAAGAUCUCUGCCACCAGAACUCAGGGGUGGCAGGAGUCACAGCUGGCCAGUGGAUAUGGGGACCAGUGUUUCUGCAGUGGGUCGUGCUCAGGGUGAGGUGGGGCCACCAGUUACACAUGAGGGUCUCUGGGGUCACUUGGAGUUGGGGACAGGGUGGGCCAGUCCAGAUGGGGCAGGGUGCACUGUGGGGUGAUGAACAGGUGUGAGUAGGGACAGACCCGCAAUAUUCCCGCCCUCUUCCAGGGGUUUUUAUGGGGGCUGACCCCUGCUUGUCCCCACCCACUCAUCCCACACAGAUGGCAGCGGCAGAGGCAGUGCACCACAUCCACCUCCAGAACUUCUCACGCUCCUUGCUGGAAACCCUCAAUGGGCAAAGGCUGGGUGGGCACUUCUGCGAUGUGACUGUGCGCAUCCGCGAGGCUUCCCUGCGUGCACAUCGCUGCGUGCUGGCUGCUGGCUCGCCCUUCUUCCAGGACAAGCUGCUGCUUGGCCACUCGGAGAUCCGCGUGCCGCCCGUGGUGCCCGCACAGACAGUGCGUCAGCUCGUCGAGUUCCUCUACAGUGGCUCCCUGGUGGUGGCGCAGGGAGAAGCGCUGCAAGUGCUCACUGCUGCGUCUGUGCUCCGCAUCCAGACCGUCAUUGACGAGUGCACGCAGAUUAUCGCACGCACACGUGCACCAGGCACUCCCGCGCCUGCGCCCCUGCCUGCGCCUGUGCCUCCACCGCUGGCUCCAGCCCAGCUGCGCCACCGUCUACGCCAUCUAUUGGCCGCCCGUCCUGCAGGGCACCCGGGCAUGGUGCACAGCCGUAAGCAGCGCCAGCCUGCGCGCCUGCAGCUGCCUGCGCCUCCAGCGCCAGCCAAGCUGGAGGUACCUGACAUUGACCCCACGCUGACCCUGCCCCCGGUCCCCGAGGAUAGAGGUGAUGACGAUGACGAAGAGACCGAUGAUGAGAGCGAAGGCGAGGACGGCGAAGGCAGUGGUCCUGGAGAGGGCCAGGCACCACCUUCCUUUCCCGACUGUGCUGCGGGCUUCCUCACCACCACUGCAGACGCAGCGCGGGAGGAACCCCCUGUGCCCACCGGCCUCACUGACUACAGCAGUGCUGGUAGGGACUUCCUUAGAGGGGCUGUAGUGACUGAGGACGUGUUUCCGGAGAGCUAUGUAUCCGCUUGGCAUGAAGAGGACAGUACCACUACCGAGAGCUGCCCAGUGGAGGCCCCUGUUCCACCCGACUGCGUCCUGGCUGGAUCCCAUACUCCCAGCGUGAAGACCCCAGGGCCACCUGUUCCUCUCUUCCCCUUUCACCUGGGUGCCCCUGGGCCACCUGCACCAGCCCCUCCCACACCACCAGGGCCAGCGCCGGGGCCUCCCCCUACCUUCUACCCCACGCUCCAGCCAGACGCUGCCCCCAACGUUCAGCUGGGGGAGGCUUCAGCUCAGCCUGCCGCUCCAACCACCGCGCCUUCGGUCACACCUGUUCGAGCCGCUGGUGGUGAGCCGCCAGCCUAUGAGUGUAGCCAUUGCCGUAAAACCUUCAGCUCCAGGAAGAACUACACUAAGCACAUGUUCAUCCACUCAGGGGAGAAGCCGCACCAGUGUGCCGUGUGCUGGCGAUCCUUCUCUCUUCGUGACUACUUGCUCAAGCAUAUGGUCACACACACCGGAGUGCGUGCCUUCCAGUGCGCGGUCUGUGCCAAGCGUUUCACACAGAAGAGUUCCCUCAACGUGCACAUGCGCACGCACCGGCCGGAGCGCGCACCCUGCCCAGCCUGUGGCAAGGUCUUCUCCCACCGCACGCUGCUGGAGCGCCACCUGGCCACACACCCUGCACCCUGAUUGGGGCUUGGAAACUGGCCACUCCAAUCUGGGAAUCCACCGCACCCCUUCGUGGUGGACUAUACCUACUGCAUGACAGCUGUCUGUCCAUUGGAGCCUGGCAGCUCCAGCAGCCUCAGCUUGACUCUGUUCCUUCCAUCAUACCAGGCCCUUCUCGGAGCAUAGACUCCUCCUUCCAACCCCUUUCCCUACACCUGACCUCGGGUGAGUCCAGCCCCCCUGUGCCUCUCCUCUUGGAUACUAGGAGGAGGGGCAUUCGGCCUCCUCAGAACUGGAUACCCUGAUCCCUGCAGCUGGCUCUGGACUUGUAUUUCUGGUAAUGGUUUGUGUCUGCUGUGUUCCCUGGUGGGGUGGGGUGUGGAAUGCUCCCCUGCCCCCAUGUCUGGCUGGUGAUGUCCUGAGCAACUGUUUCUCUUGGGGUGUUUCAGAAGGCUUGAAUGUGCACCGAUCAUGCCAUGGGACUGGCACUAGGAUUUCCCUCACUGUAAUAAACAAGGUGAGCUGUGAGGCAUACCUGUGUGACAUUGAGCUCAGUCUGAGCUAUGGUUACUGGCACUCAAGAUACCCAUCCCUGGGCAGUACCACUGCCACCACACCCACCUCCCGGGUAUUUCUUAAAGCAUGUAGGACUCAGUUCUGGGUACUGUGGUAGCCCGGGUAUGUGACCACACUCAGUUCUCCUGUAGCAUU